AUGUCCCCCGUCCGCCGCUACCUACGCAUCACAAAAUACUCGGUUCUCGAGGUCCGUAUAUACCUCGAGAACCCAGCCCUCGCGCAGUCGUGGCUUCUAAAUCCACGGAACCCCAUCCUCCCCAAGGUCAUUGAGAGUGUGCGCCCCUUGGUGUUGCCGAAGCUGCGCGAGGAGAGGGAACGGUCCAGGAAGAAGAGCACCAAAAAGAAGGCGAUCAAGGAUAUCGUCGUAGAAGAUGACUUCGAGGUGGCCAUCUUCCUGACCGAAACGAAUACGCGGCACAGCAUCCUCUACAAGCACAAGCAUGCCCGGGAUAAGACGCAGACACGGUUACAGUCCAACUCCAAAAAGCUCACGGGUAGCGGGGAGGGCUCCUCGCGUGAAGCUGCCAUCGAGCUAGGCGGCGACGAUGACAGAGUCGACGCCGAGGGCGAUGCCGCUGGCAUAGAGCUAAUACAGACGGCGGACGGGGACGAAAUCCCCAUUUUGCGUCGCGAAGAGAGUGAAGGCAGUGAUGAUGCCGCCCAUAUCUCCCUGUUCGACAUACCCGAGGCCCCCAGGCCUGGCCUAGAGGGAACCGAGGUGCGGGGCACCAAACGGCGACGGCAGCCGAUCCAAAGCGGCCCUAUUGCUCUAGAUGUGGACGACGACGACGACGAGAGUAACGCAAGGGCACUUGGAGGUGGAGACGGCGAAUACGUUGUCGUCGACAGCGAAGACGAGACGGGCAGUCAUGAAGGGGACGAUAGCCAGUCUGAGGACGGAACAAACGAUUCCCCUCGCCUACGUAGACCGCCCAAGCGAGCCAGGGCCGAGGGCGAGAAGCAGGGCGAGAAGAAGAAGAAAGUGGCGCUGGAUGUGUCGUACGAAGGGUUCGCCAUCUACGGGCGCGUGCUCUGCCUGGUGGUCAAGAGGCGCGGCAACGCACCACCGGGCGGCCGCUCGUCGGCUGCGGCCUCGUCCGGAUCAGCCGCCGGGGGCGGGCAGGCUCGCAUGGAGAACUGGAUCGCGUCGACUCAAAUCAUGCCGGAAGCCGAACAGGCGGAAGAGGGAUGA